AUGAAUCCAUUUCAAACUAGAUCCACUAUAGUAACGUUCCUAUUCGAGUUAUCAGUAAUGUCAAGAGUAACAGAUGGUGUCUUUUACCAUUCAGUAAGACUAUAUGACCGUUAUUGUUCUAAGAGAGUGGUAUUAAAAGACCAAGCCAAACUUGUAGUUGCUACCUGCUUAUGGUUAGCCGCUAAAACUUGGGGUGGUUGUAACCAUAUUAUCAAUAACGUAUCAGUUCCAACUGGUGGAAGAUUUUAUGGUCCUAAUCCAAGAGCUCGUAUCCCUCGCCUUUCUGAAUUAGUACACUACUGCGGAGGUUCAGAUGUUUUCGAUGAAUCAAUGUUUAUUCAAAUGGAAAGACAUAUAUUGGACACUUUAUCUUGGGAUAUUUAUGAACCAAUGAUUAACGAUUAUGUUCUAAAUGUCGAUGAAAAUUGUUUGAUACAAUAUGAAUUAUAUAAAAGACAACUAGAGCACAAUAAAGAAUGGUCAGAAAAACGUCAGUCUCAAAGUUCGACUGAUAGUGACGCUACCGCUAACGAACAAGAUUUAGAAGAAGAUGAAGAUUUAGAAAUGAAGAUUCAAUUAAUAAAUUUGAAACGUUUCUUAAUUGAUCUAACAGCUUGGCAAUAUCCUCUAUUAAAAUUCGAAAUGUUCGAAGUUUGUCAAGGUAUAUUCGGUGUUCUUGAUAAAUUUACUAAUCAUGAACAAGGUCCAUUUUUAAUGAUUCCUCCAUCAUCUUCAUCAGAUCAAGCACAACUUUUAAAUAUAUUUAUUAAUGCAAUUAUCAGAGCUCCAAAUUCUUUACUUGAAAUCUACAAAAAUCAUUCUGGUAUUUCACCAUUUAUUAAUAGAGUUAAAGAAUAUCAUGCAGAAUUACAAAAGAAAUUAGAACUAGCUUCUGCAAUGGAUUUGUCAAGAAGAAGCAAUAUGUCAACUACUACAGUUGGUGGUCGUUAUUUCGAUAAUACUUCAUCACCAUCUUCUUUAUAUUCCUCUCAAGGUUACACUCCAUUACGCAACACUAGUAUGCACUCUGAUAAUAGCCUCUUUUCAACUGCUGGUGCUGAGCAAUCAUCUCCAAUUACUCCUCAAAUGUACACAUUUAAUCAAUUUAAAACUGGAAGUGAUUGUGGUAGUACAUUAAGUGUAAAUAGCUUAUCAAAUAAUAAUAGUGUCCAUCAGGAAAUGGAACAAGAUACAAGGAAAAGGAUAAUAGGAAGUGAAGAAGAUAAAGAAAAUUUAGUACCCAUCAACUCUGCUCCACAAGUUACAAAAUUUAUAAAUAAAUCAUUCGGAUCUCCAAGCACUACAAUUAGAAACAAUAACUCUAACAGCAGGGUAUCUUUAUCAUCUUUACCAAUCGGCAAUGCAACUAGCAUUGUAUAG